AUGGACCAAUGGCUACAGAGAAUGGUGGACCACAAAACCAUAUUUUCACCUGACAAUACCAGGGACUCCAUGUGCUUGGCACGGAGUAUAUUUGUGGCCAAGUCUAGAAAGGGUCUUCACAGGUCCUCGUUCUCACGGCUGAAGAAGCCUGAGUCAGGGGAACAGCAAAAGGGGGCUGAGGCCUUGUGUGAAAAAGCGCACAUUGGUUACGAUCAAGCCUGUGGUCUAGAUGAAAUAAGAAGGAUGCAGGAUAUACUGCCUGAUUAUCGACUCUGUGUUUUCACUGACAAGCAUGAGAAUGUCAAGGAGAAUCACCUUUGCUACAUGAGUGGAUGGACUGAGCCAGAGAAAAAGAAAAAGUGGAACUAUGUAACGGUGUUCUAUGACAUUGAAACUACUCAAUGUGAUCCUGUUGAGGGGAAAGCAAACACAUUUGAGCACAAACCGAACCUGCUCGUUUCACAAGCAGUGUGUGAUGAUUGCACCAAUGUGCCAGGAAACGAUCAUUUCUGCACGGUGUGUAAAACCAGGCAACAGGUAUUCCACAACUUGGAUGACCCUGACGCUAAUGUUAUGGGCUUGUUUCUGGACUAUCUCCAAUCUUUUGGACCUAAGACAAGCGUUUUGAUAGUGGCACACAAUGCAAAGGCUUUCGAUGCCAUUUUUGUUCUCCAGGAGUUAGUGAAGCGGGAUUUGAAACCAGAUCUUAUUCUGAACGGUGCUAAAAUCCUGUGCAUGAAGAUCGGCAAUUGGAAAUUUAUUGAUUCUCUUAUGUUUCUUCCAAUGCCCCUCAGCUGUAUGCCUAAGUCAUUUGGGUUUUCUGAGCUCAAGAAAGGGUACUGGCCCUUCUUAGCUAAUAAACCAGAGUAUUACAAUUAUGAAGGGCCCCUCCUUGACAGAGACCUUUACUGUGUGUCAGGCAUGAAGUCAAAGGGCGCCAAUGACUUUGAUGCAUGGUACGAUGCCCAGGUCGCUGGAAAGUACAUCUUCAACUUCCGAAGGGAGUUAAUUGAAUAUUGUAUAUCUGAUGUGACGAUUCUGCGUCAUUCGUGCCAAGCUUUUCGAAAGCUUUUUCAAGAGGUUGCUGGGUUUGACCCAAUGCUUCAUUGUAUUACCCUUAGCAGUGCUUGCAUGGCGGCCUUUCGUCGGAAUUUCUUGACUGCCAACAUGAUAGGUCUUGUGCCUCCGGGAGGCUAUCAUGGUCGGGGUAGGCAAAGUCACAUUGCUUUAAAGUGGCUUGAUUUUGAGGCCUACAAACUUGGCAAGGUCAUAAAGACUAUUUACACUGACCGUGAGGUCCGUGUUAUGGGGAGGGCAGUGGAUGGUUACAUUGAGAUCCCUCAACCUGAUGGCAGUACUGAGCGCCGCAUUUAUCAAUUUCACGGGUGCUAUUGGCACCAGUGCCCCGAACACUUCCCUGCUAACGAAGACGACGUGGAAAACAAAUACCAAAAAACUCUAAAGAUCACAGCUAUGUUCCGCAAACAGGGCUAUGUUGUGAUAGAGAAGUGGGAAUGUCAGUUUAAAUUGGACCUUGUCAAUGACCCCGAAGUCAAGGUCUUCUUUGAGAACCAUCCAACCACACGCACUCCCCCUCUGCAUCUACGAGACGGCCUGGCGGGUGGACGCACUAGUGCUCUUAAAUGGCACUAUCAAGUCAAACCAGGGGAGAAAAUCAAAUUGGUGGAUGUGAUUUCAGAAUACCCUAAUGCUAAUCUUCGGGCAGAGUAUCCAGUAGGCCACCCUGAAAUCCAUUUAGAGGGAUCUCCUGAGAUGCCACCCCCAGAUUUCUGGAAUGGCAUGAUAAAAUGCACUGUGUUACCCCCAAAAGACCUUUACCUGCCGGUUCUCCCAUACAAAUGUAAUGGAAAACUCCUUUUUCCACUCUGUCGCACAUGCGCUGAGAACGAGUGCACAGAAAUUUGUCAACACGCACCCCCAGAGAGACAGAUGAUGGGUUCUUGGUGUGCACCAGAGCUUCUCUACGCUCUCAGGGAGAAGAACUACCGGCUCCUUGCCACCCACGAAGUAUACCAGUACCCAGCCACAUCCCAGUACGAUCCUGAGACACGACAGGAUGGGCUGCUUUCUGCGUAUGUCAGGUGCUUCAUGGCCCUGAAGAUACAGGCCAGUGGAUGGCCUGUCGACUGUGACACUGAUGAGCUCAAAGCCAAGUUUGUGGAAGAUACCUUGAAACACGAUGGGGUCAUCAUAGACCCCGCAAAGAUGAUUAAGAACCCCGCCCUGCGCACUUUAGCAAAACUAAUGUGUAACAGUUUUUGGGGGAAGUUCGGAGAAAAAACGCUUCGACCCAAGACAGAGCUGAUCAAGGAACAUGACGCAUUGCUUGAACUGAUAUCAGACCCUCGUAAAACCGUGACUGCCCUUCUCCCUCUUAGCGAGACCUUACUGCAGGUCACAUGGCAGCCAGUAGAGGAUUCAGAGGAAUCCCUACCUACAUCCUCCCUCAUACACGCUGCCUUUACGACGUGUCAUGGUCGUCUUCAAUUAUACAAGUACUUGGACGAGGUAAAGGACCGCGCACUUUACCACGAUACUGACAGUGUGGCGUACAUCAGUCGGCCUGACCAGCCAGAACUUCGCCUUGGAACCCACUUGGGUGAUCUAACAGACCAAAUAGAGGAAGAUUACGGUCCAAAUUCGUACAUCACCGAGUUUGUUGCUGGCGGUCCCAAAAAUUAUGCGUACAAGGUCGCUGUAGGUGGGGAUACAAACAACAUAAAAGUUUGCAUUAAAGUCCGGGGAAUUUCUAUUAACAAGUCCUGUGACUCACUGGUUACUUUUGAGAGGCUUAAGUCAAUGGUAAUGGGGGAAAGAGACAAAACAACUGUCCCAAUUCCUCUCCAAAUAACCCGAUUGCCUACUUGGAAGGUGGUCACGCGCCCUACGACCAAGAAUUGGCAGGCCAAAAACACGAAGAGGCGGCGUGUUGACCUGGCUAACACAGUCCCCCACGGUUUUAAUGCCUGGUCUGAAGCCGAUGAGGAGGAUCAAGGACUCCUAGAAGUCAUGGGCUUCAUGGCAACUGAUUAA